GGGUGUAGAACGGCAUGGGACGCAGGCAAUGAAGGUUACACUCGCUUCUCUCUAUAUGCAAUGUAUAUAAAAUUUUAGUUACUGAGUCGCUCUAAAAUUGUAAAGAACUGAAUAAAAAAACACAUUUUAUAUUUUUUGGUGUGUGUUUUUUCCUAUCGAUUUUCUUCUUUAGUUUUUCUUGAACCAAAUAUAUCUUCUAUUUCACAUUUUCCUCUUUCCAAUUUUUUCAUUAAAUUUUUUUUUUUUUUUUAAAUCGAAAAUUCCGCGAAAAAACCGACGAUUUUUUGUUGUUUUUCAAUAAAUUUUUGUACAUUUUUCGCAACAAAAAGAAAAAUAUAAACGAACCCGUAUAUACAAAACAUCAUCAACGCGCGUAAGCAUAUACCAUUCGAACUGCAUUUUUGGUUCGGUUAAGUUCUACUGCAAAUAUUGGUCGGCUUUUGUCAUUUUAACCGCAACUGACAGCGAAAGACAGAGCGGGAGAGAGAAAGAUAGAUUGCGAAAAAUACGUGAACUAUGAAGAAGGCUCGCGUUUAAUAAAACAUUUCUUUUUUAAAGAAAAAAAAUGGAAUAUAAAAUUUGGACAGUAAAAUAAAAGUUAGAACAAAAUGCAGUGGCAUCACAAAUUCUACAACAGCGUGCGUACGGCACGAUGUUACUAAAAUGCUGUUCAGAAACGAUGCAGUGAAGUAGUUUUGUCGAUUUAGUUCUAAUAGUAAUGAUUAAAUUGUGUGUUUAAAAGCUGCUAAAACUAACGAGAGAAAGAGAGAGAGAGAGAAAGAGAAAAAUAACGACGGAAAACGGACACAUCUCUUCCCGAAACCGACAACAGCCGUCGACUGUGCAAAUAUGUAAUAUCUAUAUAAAAUUGAUAUGUGAAAAAAUCCGAGUGGCAAUGCAAUGUAAAAAGAAAUCAACUAUUUAGUACAAAAUAUCCGCAUUUGAUGAACGAUUGAACUAAUUACGACUGCAAACAUUUUGAAUGUCAUUUGAUUAAGUGGAAUUGUUUCAUUUUUUAUUUUGUUGAUUCUGUGACAUGUGAUGAAAUGAAAGAAAAAAAAACGUAUUAGUAAGGAAAUGAUGAGAAAAAAAAUAGAAGAAAAUAAUCCGCCAGUGCAAUUGUCAUUUACUUAACGAACAGAACGAAUCCAAAAUCAAAGUACUUCAACUUGAGGGACACGCAUCGUUGUAUUAAAUUCCAUUUUCCGUUGGUUUUACUUUUUAUUUUGUUUAAAUAACCGUCGCAUGAAUCCAUUUACAUUCAAGCGGCUAAUGACAAUUUCGCCAAAUAAUUCCAUUUUUGUAAAAUGUUGACAUAUUUCUAUUGAUAAUUUGGACAAUACAACCCCUUAGGUGGGGUACUCAGAAGACGAUUCUUGUUUAUUUUUCUGCCGGAUUGUCACCAAAUGUUUUUGUGUACAAAAAAUAACUGUAAUUGAAAGAGCAAAUUGUGUGAAAUUCAAAACGAAAAAAUAUUUUACUCGCAGAUGCUGUUUUAAAGUCUCAGUUAAAUCAAUCAAAAUCACACAAACACCACAUCAAAACUACAAUUUAAGUGUUUCGAACUAGAAAUAAGUAUUUGCAAAGGAAGUCAUGAUUGACCAAAUGGUGUAAACUACAGUGCAAAAAUGAAUUUCCGAUAAAAGGUCCAGUGACUUUGUUCGCAUUUGUUUCUGAGAAACAAAUCCGAUUUUGAUUUCUUUGCAAACGGAAUAGACUUGAAACGAACAGAGCAAAGAAACAAAAAAAUGGCACCGAACAUAAACCAUUGAAUUUUUGUUGUUUAUCAUGUGCCACAUUACGAUUGUUAGUUUGAAAAUAAACGAAAAAAACAAACAACCCAAAUCGAUAGAAAAUUGCAACCAUCUACAACUAGAGAUCACCAUUCCAACCGUAAGAACAUUCAAAUCCAAAAUAAAUAAGAAAAUAUUGUGUGAUGUAAAAUGCACAUGUGAAAGUUAUCGCAAAUGUUUGUGCCAUUACUUGUUGCGUCACACAUAGCUGUGACAAAGAAGAUAAACGAAGUGAAAAAAUCAAAAUUUGCCGUGAAGUUUGCUGUUGCACUUGACAAGAUUUUAACCAGUUUAAAUUCCAUCAAAUUUCAUUCGUGCGACGAUCAAAUCGAACAUAAACAAAACAAUUGCGUUAAAAUCGGAAAAACAUGGCGGAUUGCUCCUAUGCGCGUUGCGUUCAAGAAAGACGAUUUUUAAAGCGAGAACUACAGAAAUGGAAUAAAGAUAUGGUACACGUUGUGGGCUUAGAACGAAUUGCUGAAGAAUUGAUGGGUCGCAGGAAAUGGAAACUAUAUCAAGAAGUCCUUGUGCGUUCCCAUUCGAAUUCAAAUACAACAGUAACAACAGCCAAUCAAAUCAACAAUAUUACCGAAACCGACGUGCAUUGCAACAACGGCGAAGGGAAUUCGUCAUCGCUUCAACAAAAUACACAAAACUCAUCACGUGCCGACAACGUCAGCCAGCAACAGCAACUACAACAGCAACAAGAACUACAGAAUUUGAAACAAUCCAUCAUUCCACAAGAAAAGCUAGAAAACGCUCUUGGGACAAAAACGAGCGACAAAGAUAAUACAGAUAAUAAAUUGGUCACAGAGCAAAGUUCCGAAAUCGGAAAUUCUGACAAAAACCUAGACGAUAAUUCGCAUAAUAACAAUAGUAUUAGUGACGAAGCAAACGAUCAAGAGAAAUUACCAACGCCCAUCGAUUGGAAGCCACAAGAAAAUUGUUACUUUUGUGUGGACGGCAAAUUACUCACCGUGAACGACAAAGGAGACUUAGUGGCAGAGUCGGGUUCGGUGAAUACCGAACCAGAACUCGCCAACAGAACGAUAAUAGAGUCAGACUCUGACUCUAGUGUUUGUUCUGAGCCCGAAAUUGCAAAUUACAACACACCAUUGAAUAAGAUAAACAAGCAAUCGCCAUCCGUAGCCGAUCUGUUACGUAAUUCACUAUUACAGCAGAAUAUGACUUCCUUUGAAUCGAUGACAGCACAGUUAGCAACCAUCGCAUCGCUAAAUGGACUAUCACCGUUAUAUCCAGGGUUAAUCUAUAAUCCGUUUAUGCAUCAAAUGCAUUCGAACGCAACGACUACGACCGAAUCCACGUCUGCUGAAAGUCCAGGUGCAAAGCCAUCACCGAGCCCAGUUGAUCUGAAUACAGAACAGCCGCUUGAUUUAAGCGCUAAGCCAUCAACAACGCCAACACUUUCCAAUGAUCCGAAACAAGUUUUCAGAGCGAAACCACGUCUGUCAACUGUGGCCGGUCGAAAAACAUACACUGAAGAGGAGUUACAAAAUGCCCUUGAAGCGAUUCUAAGUGGAAAACUUGGCACACGAAGAGCUGCCGUACUUUAUGGUAUACCGAGAUCGACUUUACGAAACAAAGUCUAUAAAUUGGCUAUGGAGCAAAAACGGGAAGCAAAUCUGCUAAAUCAAGCCUCUGUUUUAGAUGACCUUGACGAUGAUGACGAUAAGGAAUUGUCUGGCGGCGAAGAAGACAAACUGAAAGAUGAUUCAAUGCUCACACCCGAAGAAAUGAUUCGGCUCUCAUCAUCUCGUGCAUCCUCGGCGGCCGCCAGUCUGCAGAAGAUUUUCGAGAACAACAGUCCAAAAUCGGAUGGCCUCACAGCGCCCACCUCGCAUCCGAUGCAAUCGAAUAAAUCACAAACAUCCACGUCAACCACUUCCUCACCGCCCCUGGUCAACAAUCCAUGGCUUAACCCAGACAUGUUCUCCAAUCUGCUGCUAGCCACCGGCCUAAUGCAGCAAAAAUAUGACGAUCCAACGUUCCAGGAGAUUUUGCGCAGUCUAUUGAUACGGCAACAGGAAUUGAUGAAGCUGAACACAGCGAAUCAAACGACGUCACCCACAAAGGCAACGGUCGAUCAUUUGAACAAUGGUAAGCCAUCGGAUUCGAGAAAUCUAAUGCACAACAUUUCAUUGCUUCAACAACAACAAAAUAGACUGAUCAAGUCCGAAACACCAGACACAGUGCCGACAUUAGAUUUGAACAAUGCCGAUGAAGCGGCUGCUCUUCUAAAAAUUCCGUCCUAUUCCAAAUUAUUGGGAUCAUCGUCAUCGACCAGUGGCAAGAAUGGUGAUAACGCAAACGAUUCCACUCCGCAAACGACACCGCCAUUGCAUUCACGUAGUCCUCAGGCGCAUCUAUCGACCGACGUAUCGCCGCCGGUCAAUCGACAAAACAAUGAUUCUCAAUCGCCACCGAUACCGGGCAUUGGCAGCAAGGGGAUGCUAUCGCUGCGCGAUGUUAUUGCCAAAAGUAUCACUAGAACGUUUAGUCAACAGAAUGCGGAAACAAUGAACAAGCCUUCCAUGGAGCAUCUAGAAUACAAGCGGCCAAGCAUAUCGGUCAUUAAGAAUUUGGGCGGCACGGAUAUAUCGAGGUUCGCCACAAAUCCAAACAUGAUCGCCUCGAUGCAUUCGCACUCGCACUCGCACUCACACUCACACUCACAUUCGCAUCCAAACAACUCCCAAUCGCCAUCAAAUCUAAACAACACCGGCAAAGGUACACGACCCAAGCGCGGCAAAUACCGUAACUAUGAUCGUGACAGUUUGGUGGAAGCGGUCAAGGCCGUUCAGCGUGGCGAAAUGUCAGUUCACCGAGCCGGCAGUUACUAUGGUGUACCGCACUCAACGCUAGAAUACAAAGUCAAAGAGAGACACUUGAUGCGACCAAGAAAGCGAGAACCAAAGCCACAGCCAUUGGACAGCAGUGGCGGCAGCACAUCGUCGAUUUCGUCGGUGAAAAGUCACGAUUUGGCCGGAUCGGUGAAUGCGGGCAUUCGUGGACUGGACAAAGCAUCGAAAUCGUCCAUGCCAACAACAAAGACGCCAAUGAAAACGCCCCCAUUUCCGGCUGCAUCGGAGAACGGCUUGAAAAUGGGCCUGUUUGAUCCGUCACAAUUGCAGUAUCCACCUCAAUUAUUCUGGCCACAUGCACCCGGCUUCGCCGGUUUACCGAUCGAUUUCCCUCAACGAACGUCCGGAACGAGUGCCGCCGCAUUCGGUGGUAAUGCCGAAACCUACUUUGCAACCCAAAUGAUGCGCUUCCAAGAAGAUGCAUUACGUUCCAAUGCCAACAAUUCCAAUAACAAAUCGGACAGCGAUUUAGCACGAAAGAAAAGUAAGAGCGAACGCGAAUUAACAUUAGAAAAUCUGUACGAUGGUGGCGCGAAUGGCUCAUUUUUGGAUGGUAUCAUUCGUCACAGCUUAGAUAGAAAAUCCGAUUCGAUUCCACAUGGUGCACUUUUAGAUCAAUUAGUCAAAAAUAAUCGACAGUCGGUGUGCGAUCCGGAAAAUAACACCAACAGCAACAAUAAGCGUGCGGCCAGCCCAUACAGUUUUGUUCAUCAGGCGAUCAAGCGCGAACGAACGGGAUCAUCGUCCGGCGAUACCGAUCGUGAAUCCGUUGAACGUGACAUGUCCAAGGAGUCGGUCGAAACGCUGCUUAAAUUCCGAGAUAACCUAACCCUACGCAUGGACGAGAAAAACCUCAAAGACUCUGUGGAAGAUUUGAACGGGUUAUCAUCCGACAACAAGAGUGUCCGCAACACAGAGGCCGACGACAGUUCAUAGAAAUUAAGAGCGAAAAAGUGAAAUUAAUUUUUACGUAUUUUUCGUAUACUCAAGUAUGACAUUUUAUGAGAGAAACAAAAAUUACAAAUGGAAAAAACCAGAAAUAAUUUGUUCGAACAUUGACCACGAUGCGAAGAAUGAAGGCAAUUUUUUUUUUUUAACAUUAACAUGAUCGUUUUGUAGCGUGAAAAAGCGCGUAAGUUGAAUACAAACGCGUUUCUAAGCGCAAAAAGUGUAUGUCGACGCAAGCGAAAGAUAUAGCAAAAACAAUUAGAGAGAGAACAACACGGAAGACAAGACAAAACGAUAAAACAAUAAAAAUGAAGGAAAAAAACAACAAUUUUAUCAUUUAUAUAGUAUUUAGCUAUCUACAUAAAAUGAUUAUUAUCUUUUUUAUAUAAAUAUAUAUAUAUCUUUCGUUUGACAAUCGACCUAUAGGCUCCUGUACAAACCAAAAAGAAUUUCCAAUGAUACUAACAACAACAACAACAACACAAAAUCUGUAAAA